UCGCUCACACGGUAAAUAAAUGUGUUCCUUCUCUGCGUAAGUUGUCAAAACAAACGCGUCUGUUUUAUUGUAAAUGCUUUGUCGUCCACGUAAAGUCACGCAAGAUGUUCAGCCGCAAUUAUCAGGGUGGAGCUGUGGUGGAGAUCUUUAGCGCACAGGGUAAAGACCCUGUGGCUAAAUGGAAACUAAGUGGAGGACAGUCAGCCAUACACAAGGAGUAUAAUAAAGAAGUUAAGGGGUUUGUUUACCGUCUGGAGGGAAGCAGCCAGACUGUCAAGAUGCAAAUGCCAGAGAAUAUGAAGAUGUCUCUUGGGCUUCUCCAAAGAUUCUUAGUUUUACAAGUAAAUAUUCCCCAGGGCAAAGACUUUUCCCUUGAGCUGGUAAUAACUGACUCAGAGCACCUGAAAAGAAGACUUCACUUAUCAACAGUGCAUAAAGAGUUGACUGCCACGCUUUUACAUGCCAGGGUACCUUUUGUGGGGUUGAAAAGGGAUAUUUGGUCCACUUUGUGCAUCGACCUUGUGUCCUUCACUGCUGAACUGUUCAAGGGCUUUUUGUCACUGGAUGGCAUCGCUGUGUUUGCGACGUGUAAAGUCCGCAGAAUCUUCACCAUGAAGACUGUGCCCCCAUGGAUGGCAGAUGACGUUGCGUUUCUUAGUGGACCUGUUCUCAUGGACGAGAUUCCACGCAGCUGCCAGUUCCCGUCGGGUGUAAACCAUGUAACUCAGAUGCUGAACAUGAUGAAUUUGCGUAAGACGGUGCUCGGGAGCUCUGACUGUGUUCCUGAUCCGUCGGGCACCGUCAGAUCAACCAGUAAUCAACAGACCAGGCUCCAGGGCGUUUUACACACAGCCUCAGGCUCCAAAGCUUCAGCAGCAACACCACAAACUAGAAGAAAAAGCAGUGUAGCCUCGGGCAGAAUGAAUAGAAGUGAAACCCAAAUCUCAAAUACGGAAUCCCUGAUCAGUGGAACGAACCAAAAGGAUUUCACUGACGCUGAGAGCAUUGGCAAUGCGAGUGUGAAUGCUUCACAUGGAGAACAAAAGGGAACACCUGGCAAACUACAGCCCCAUCCACCAACAGGCAAACAGGGAUCAAAGAAGAUGCGGGUCCUCAAUGCUUCAACAUCGUCAGCUCAUUCAGAUGCUGUGCCUGGUCGCUACAGAAACGGGGGUAAAAACAGGGAGAAGUGCCUUCUUUCAUCCAGUGGGCAAGAGAGCAGACAGCAACCUCUGAGCCUAACAAAUAAGACUGAGCACCUAAUGGCAGAUGAGUGCAGCAUCAGUCCUACAGAGGAUUCUGCUCCCACCCCAGCGGAGUCUCUUCCCUGCCCAACCCCACCUGUUUUGUCCUCAGACCUGCACGUCUGGAAGAGCUGGGAGAGUAAUGAUGGGUCCGAGCCCCAGCUCACUCUGCAAGAAGAGGUGUUUGUCUUCUCAUCCCAGCCUCACUCACCCAAACGGGGGCAAGGCCACGGUGACCAGGAGAAGAUGGAGAUGAGAGACGACCAGGCACAAAGCGGGAGUGGACAGCGGUAUGAGGCCCAGCCUGAAGAUGACUUUAUGGGCAGUGAAAGUGAUGAGGAGAAGAGCUGCGUUACACUGCAGCAACAAAGUAGUGAGUCCAACCCUACUCCUCCUCCUAGUCCUCCUGAUCGUGCUCUGAACGGGAAAGUAGACGUCCAGCCUGAAUCCCACAAUAUUGACACGGCAUCUCCAGAAGACCUGUUCUCAGCCAUCACCACUGGUCACAGUGAGUCUCCACUCAGUGGGAGGUCUGAAUCAGCUAUGGUCCCCACACGCUGCCUCUCACCCAGUGUAACAAGCAGCAGGCAGGAACACAAGUGUAUACCAUGUGGAUCAGAGGGAGUGAACCAGAUAGAGGAUGCAAAAAGCAGAGUGACACUGUCCAGGAGUCUUCUGCAUGAAGUCAAAUUGGAUGUGUCCCCACAGCACCAGGAGGAAGACGAGACGCUGAAGACAGUUGAUUCCAGUCAUUACGACUUACACCUGCUUGGCAGUCUGACGAUGCAUGGGGAUGAUGAUGAGGAGCUCCGAAUGCUGGCAAGCCUGAAAAGGGAGCAGGAGGAAGAUGAGUGUAGAGCCUCGGGCCUCAGUGCAUCUCAGAUUCACCAGUGUAAUGUCAGCGUCAGCAUGAGCAGUGACGACACCUCCACUUGGACCCACGCAGCCAAGCCGUCUAAUCAAGGCCACCACUAUCAGAAUGAGAUGAACCCCCUCCUUCACUCAAACCCCAGGGAGUGGAUGGAUGUGCUUAGCCCUCCUAUUAUGCCUCCCAACCAGCCACGAAGGUCAGGGAGCACACCGAACAACUGGGGGAAUCUCGUUGAAGGAGGUGAAGAGCCUGUGAAUGGAGACGAGCUGGAGGACGAGUAUCUGAAUCUGCUCUAUGAUCCUUGCCUGAACUGUUAUUUUGAUCCAAAGACGGGGAAGUACUAUGAACUAGCUUAACCAAGAGCUCAAGAGACUCGGGGAUUAAUAAUUCACUUGUCAUUGACUGUGGAUGAAUGGAUAUCCGCUGCACUGAGAAACCUUUUAAUGUCGCCGCUUUUGUUUUUGGGCAAACUAACAAGAGCUUUUCCGUCGCUGUAAGUGAAGUCGUGUCACGCUGGCGAGCGAACGAGCGAGACUCAAUAAAUCGGAGACAAACUUUUUUUUUUUUUUUUUGCGAGAAGUGGAGAAGUUCUCGCACCCGCACAUCUGAUGAUGAAAAGAGUCUUUUCAAAAGUCUUGGCCUAUUGAACGAAUACAGUACGCAGGAACAUCCUUGAGCUUCUUUUUAGCUAGAUGAUGUCUUAUAUAUAACUUUUGCCCUAGCUAACUAAAUAUCGCGGUUUAAUACCAGUUUUCUCUUCAUCAUGUUCAAAAUGGAAACUAUAUUCAUUUGUGUAUACAUUAUUUAAAUUUAAUUAAAAUUGAUGCCACUGUGGCUCUGUGUGGUUUUAUUGUGUUUAAUCUACAGCUAUUGAACAGAGCUCUCACUUUCCGUGUAUUUAUUAACACGGAAACUGUAAAAAGAAGAUACAUUUUAAAUGUUUAUGCAUUUCCAGUGUUGUAGUCAUUUUUUUUUUCAUGCUCUGUACUAACAACAGAAGGAGAGUUUGUGGGACUGGCAGGUCUUGAUCUCACCUGAUGAGCAGCUGAUACACGACAGUCUCCUCAUUUCAGGGGAGGAGUUGUUGCUUCGGAUCAAAGCAAACAAAUGAAACAACAAAGGGGAAAAUAACAGCCUCCAUGUGUCACAGUGCGAUUCCCUGUAGGUUUAAUGACACAAACACAAACCAACUGACCAUUGGUCCAAU